AAAUUACCCCAGAUUAAUGUCACGUAGUUAGAGCGUUAACGUCGAGUGCCAAAGUUACCUGAAAGACUGCAUCUCGUGAAAGAAUGGCCAAGCCGGCUACAUCGGUCACGAUGUCGAGGUACAUGUGCGUGGUCCUGGCGGGGAUGCUGUGGACAUUGGGUCCAGCCACGGGGAAGAAGUGCGAGGGCAACGGUUUGGGCUUGAAAUACGCAUGGGGUGAUGCACUGACGGACCCCGCCGACUGCAUAGGGCCCGACAAUCAGCAGUACCCGUCGGCGGCGAUCUCCCGUACCUUCAGGAAUCUCUGGACGGGAAGCAGUCGUACCGGACGUUCCUAUCAGCCCCGGACCAUAGAUCCUGAAAUCACCAGGCAGGCGCUGCUCCACAAUUACAGAGCAGCCCAUGGGGAUCUAUCGAUCGCCGGGAGAUCCAGGGACGGUCGGGCUUUUACCCCGAAGGAGACGUGCGGUUCUCCUGCCCGGCUCUGCAAGACCAGAUAUAACACCACGGCCCCGAUGUACGGGGUCAGCUUGACCAGCGGCCAACCGGUGACGAUCGUGCAGAAGUUCCCCGACCUUCUGCAGCAAGUCGUCUUCGAGGUCUGCGAGUCGAAGGAAUGCGACGUGGUCCACGGGGAAUGCACGCAGACGUACGUCCCGUAUCUCUUUUUGGUGAUCCCGCUGGGCCCCGUGACGCUGACCGGCCAGGAUUACGUGCUGGUCGAGAGCGGAUGCGUCUGCAAGCCGAAGAAUUCGCAGAGUGCGGUGUCCGAGCCUCCGGCGGUUCCCACCUUCUAGGUCGAAGAUUUUCGACCUCGAGGCCGCCUAUCACCAAAUGUGAUUCUCUUAGCUUGGACUUGGGACUUCCGGAGAAGGUCCAAGAGGUUCUCUUAGGGUCCGGAGGUCGC